UCAGAGUUUCACGUCAUAAAUAUUUUGCACAAAGUGCCAUGUGCUCAGUUUGACCAUCUGACAGUGUGGCAAGAGGAGACAUGUUAUACACAGACCUCAGACUGAAGAUCAUGAUGCUGAUGUGGAUUACAGCAAUGCUUUUUAAUAAAAUUGCAGAUUCUACACAGAGUGAGGGCGUCAAUCAACCGAACACAAUGAUCACUGCUGAUGUGGGUGAGAACGUGACUCUGCACUGCUUUCGACUGGGAGAGGAAAAUACCCAUUCCAUCGUCUGGUACAAACAAAAAGUCGGACACGAACCUCAUGUAAUGGUUUCAGUUCAGCAUGAACCCAGUUAUGAGAAAGAAUUCAAUCCACCAAAAUUCAGUAUUGAGAAAGAAAUAAAAGAAAAAGGCUUCCAUUUGAAAAUUGCCAACGUGGAACCAUCAGAUGAAGCCGUGUAUUACUGUGGAUAUAGAAAAUUUUUUAUAAGGUUUGGAAAGGGAACAUUUUUAGCAGUGAAAGGUGAUGGAGAUGUAAAAGUGUCAGUGGUCCAGAGCGGCGUGUCGGACUCGGUUCCUGCAGGAGCGUCAGUGACUCUGCAGUGCUCGGUUCUCUCUGAGAGCAGAUCAGCAGAACUCCAAGUGCUCUGGUUCAGAGCUGCUCCACCACAAUCCCAUCCUCAAAUCAUUUACACUCAUGACAACAGCAGCCAUCAGUGUGAGAGCGGCUCUUCUACACACACCUGUGUGUACAACUUCUCCAAGAACAUCCUCAGCCUCAGUGAUACUGGAACUUACUACUGUGCUGUGGCCGUGUGUGGGAAGAUCAUUUUUGGGAACGGGACACGAGUACAGUUGGAGAGAUCUGGGGAUCCUGUAGUGAUCUACCUUGCUGUAGCUUUGGGAGUGUGUGUGGUCGUGAUCUUUGCUUUGAUCUUUGUCAUAACCUGUGGAUGGAGACACUUUGAAAAACGCAGGGUGAGAUGCAUACAAGGUUCUGUGACGGAAAAGACCCUCAAUCAGGACUGUGACAAUGUGGAGCUGAAUUACGUUGCCUUACAUUUCAAUGAGAGGAGAGCCAAACGAGGACGAGUGAAGAAAGAACAACCUCAAGACAUUAUAUAUUCUGAUGUGCGAGGUCUUUCUGUAACGUAGAUUUGAUCUCUAAUCUGAUUCAGUGUCAUUAGUUCUGUUAUCAGUUUCAUUUGUGUUUUUAUUAAUGAUUGUUCAGGUUGAAUUUAAACUAGAAGUCUCAAAAUCACUGAAACCCUGGAACACUGGAUCUGUCAAGGAGUGACAUGAGAAAGCAGUUUCAGUUAGGUUAGGUUCAACUUAAGAUAUUGGUUGUUUUUUGUUUGUUUGUUUGUUUUUUAAAUUAAAGGCAGUUACCCUGCCUUAUGGAUUGCUAUGAAUAUUAGAUUCAAAAAGUUAGAAAAUGUUUUUUUUUUUCCAGGAGAACUCAGGUUUGUUUUCAGUGUUUCUGAAGGCAUAGCAUUAGGAUUCAGAAUAAAAUAAAUUUUAAUCCUUCUUAUUUAGACCACGUCUACUUCCUGUAUGAGAACUGAACACAGAUACCGAUACUAUCUAGUGACUAUUAAUCUGGAAACCUAAUGUAUAUAUUUUCAUUGUCAUUGUUGUUGAAACCUUGUUUUUUCAAGUUUAUUAUUCAAAUAAGUUUUACUAAAAUAUUAGUAGCAAUUUUACUUUAUAUAUUUUCUUUACUUACU